AUGGUCGCGGUGCCUGCCGAUGGUGCGGGUGACAGCUCCGGAUGGGACGGUAUCGAUGUGGUACCGCUCGUCCAGCUAGCUCAAAAUCAGCUGGAGAGCAUUCUACGAUUGAUGCCUGAUUCCAAGACCCUGUUCAUUGAUCCGACAUUAGCCGGACCCCUAGGUUUGAUGGCGGAUCUGGCCGCCCUACGGCAGCGUGGAGUAGAGCGCAUGUUCUGGAUGGAAGAGACACCAGCAUCCGUCACAGCUGUACAUAUUCAUGCGUCUACGAAACAUCUUUUGUACCUAUGCCGACCAGAUACGCGGUGGCUGCGCACCAUCCUUGCUCAUUAUACAGCAGAUAAGGCCGAGGGCGACUUACAACAUGAGUACACGGUGGCCUUCGUUCCACAUCGCACGGAGCCGUGUGUACAAUUUCUACGCACACAUCACUGUCUCGAUUCGAUCCAGCUACUUGAUUUGGGACUCGAGUUCUCGGUGCUGUCGCAAGACGUUCUGAGCCUGGAAGAUCCAUUCGCGUGGCCACGGAUCUUUCUGCAAGGCGAUCACACUUCGCUGUUCCAUGCAGCACAGGCACUCAUAACUCUUCAGCGUAUGUGGGGCCUAUUUCCGCGUAUCGUUGGAAAGGGAGAUUGGGCGAAUCGACUGUGUGACCUGCUCGUCCGACAGCGUCAGGAAGCGCUUGUCUCGGAUGAAGAUCCAGCUGCGCUCAAAACGCCUGCACCGGAUAUAGAUGCUCUCAUUGUGUUGGAUCGUAUGGUGGAUCUUGCAACACCCAUGCUGACACAGCUCACGUACGAGGGCCUGAUCGACGAAGUGAUGGGCAUGUCGAGUGGAUUUUUGGAGGUCGAUGCCUCAUGGGUCGGUGCUGCACAGUCCGCUGGCACUGGCGCUCACCGCAAGAUUCGCUUAAAUGGCGCCCAAGAUGCACUUUUUGACUCCGUUCGUGAUGACAAUUUUGCCGUUGUAGGAGAGAAACUACAUGCGGCUGCCAAGCAGCUCAGCAGCGAUUAUGAAGGACGGCAUCAAGCCAACACGGUGCAAGAGUUGCGUGCGUUUGUCAAUCGCCUAGGCACGUUGCAGAGUGGACACUCUAGUCUUCGGCUACACACUUGCAUUACAGAGCACCUUUUACAAACCACCAACACGGACCACUUUCACUUUCUACUCGAGGUGCAGCAGAACUUGGUGGCUGGCGCACCCAUAGCUCCGCUGCUGCAAGCGAUCGACGAGUUAGUGGAUCUGGGUGCGCCAUUUUUAGAUAUAAUUCGCGUGGCUUGCCUAGCUUCGUACAUCCACGGCGGUCUCAAGGCAACCUGGCUCGACUCUUUCCGAACGACUGUCGUGCACGCCUUCGGCUCCGUAUGCCUUCCCCAGCUGAUUGCACUAGAACGCAUGCGAAUCUUGUAUCCAGCACCUCCUUCGUCUGUCAAGGUACCUCGGGUAAGUAAAUUCACAAAUGUCCUCAAACCGCUGCGGCUUAUUGACGACGAUGUGAAUGAACGUGCACCAAGUGAUGUCGGCUACGUGUACAGUGGUUAUGCUCCACUUUCCGUACGACUGGUCCAAACUAUCUGCCAGCAUGAACAGACACUUCGUGAGCGGCAGAAGAAUCCCCAUGUAUACCCACAAGCUGCGCGGAUCGCUGGCUGGCAUGGUGUCGAUGAAACCGUGUUGCAAUUACCAGGCGCGACUUUUGACUUUAUACCAACAGACAUGAUCGAGGCACCACCUAUGGCCGACGACAAGAUCCGAACGACCGUGAUCUUUUUUGUGGGUGGCGUCACAUAUGCAGAGAUUGCUGCAUUGCGUCUCAUGUCACGACAGCAACGCACGCGCCGCUUUUUGAUCGCUACAACAUCUAUCAUGAAUGGGAAUAAAAUGCUCAAAGACUUGUACGUCUAG